GUAUCUUUGUGAAGUAUAAUUAAUGAAUCAGCACGCUAUUACGAAAGUAAAUAAACUGAACAUGCUCAGAAUUAUAAAAUACUUUUUUUUUGUCCCUGUCAAUGAACAUGAUUUUUAAAUGUAAACAAAAUAUCAAGUAUUUUUUAUGCUGCAAAAUUAGUAUAUAAUACUUUGUUUUAAUCUCUGCUCUUUAGAUAUGGUUGUAUUAUAGUCAGUUAUCUUGAUUUAUAAAUGUAUAACAGAUUUUGUGUUGGAAAAUUUAUGAGGUUUUUUAUUCCAAAAACAAGAAAGAAAUGUGCUGUUUUCUUGGCUGUGGCAUUAGUUUUUGGUAUAGCAUUUUCUUAUAUAAACAAUAUAAAAACCCGGUAUCACAAGACAUUGAAUUAUGGGGAAAUAAAUAAACCCAUAGAAGAGAGAAUGCAUUACACAAAAAAUGAACAUGAUGGAUUGCAAGCAACAACAAAUAAUAUUUCCGUGAAAACAUACCCAGGUUUUGAAGCACCAAGACUGUCGUCUGUUUUAAUAUUUACUGACUCAGAUAAACGAACGCGUAACAAAUCGAAAUUGAAACUUAUAUUUCAAUCACUACACAUCAACUAUGAUUUCCUCACUUGGAAUAACCCAGGAGAUAAUUUUUUGGUUUUUCCUAGACUACAAGAUAAAGAUGGACUUACUAGAUACCAUCUGUUUAUUUUUACUAGUCAGCAUAUAUAUAAUGAAAUAGAUCCAUACAGCAAGACUAUUCUUAACCAACACUGUGUGAAAUUUAAUAUUGGCAUUAUAGUUUUUACAGAUAUUGUACAUAUUAAAGGAGAAACUGAUUUUUUUAAAUUUACUAAUUUGCCUCUGUCAAUAAAAUAUGGGGUAAUGGAACUUAAAGAUCUUGAAAUAACUUACAAUUCAUUAUUAAAGAUAACAAAAGCAGGUAACACACUUCGUGGAGUAAUUCAGGGAAAAAGACAUGCCAUAUUCCAAAGUGACAAUCCUUCAUUUGAACCAAUAGCACAUGUAUUAAAGUCCAAAUAUAGAAAACGAAAAUAUUUAUUAGAUGAUGAUGAGAUAGACGAAGAUUUAAAAAAAGUAACUUCAGUGAUAUAUGAUAAAGGACUAAAUGAUGGUAUUCGUAAGGUAUUUUUUGGUAUCCCAAAUAUAAACUUGUGGCUGUAUGAACUAAUAUUUAUGGAUGCUCUGUUAACAUUAUCAAAUGGAAUUCUGGGCUAUGAUCUUAACCGUUAUAUACAGAUUGAUAUUGAUGAUAUAUUUGUUGGUCAAACCGGAACAAAGCUUGUGAAAAGUGAUGUUGAUGCUCUUGUGCGAGCUCAAGACUACUUUGCAUCACUUAUCCCUGGGUUUUACUUCAACCUUGGUUAUUCGGGAAAGUUUUACAGAAAUUCAAAUGACAGUGCAGAACGUGAAGGAGACAAGCAUCUGGUUCAAAAUGCUGACAAAUUUCGCUGGUUUUGCCACACAUUUAAACAUGUCAAACCACACACUUUAACAAAGGAGGCAUUGAUUAAAGAUUUCAGAAAAAACAAACAGUUUGCUCAGAAACACAAUAUCAAGGUUGAUUACACAUAUUCUGUUUCCCCACAUCACUCUGGUGUAUACCCAAUCCAUGAAACGCUAUAUGAAAGCUGGAAAGAGUAUUUAGGCAUUCAAGUAACUUCUACUGAAGGAUAUCCCCAUUUGUAUCCAGCUUGGGGUCGAAAAGGUUUCCAUUUUAUGGAUAUACAGGUACUACCAAGACAAACAUGUGGUUUAUUUACUGGCACUCUCCACUUAAAGACAUAUCCCAAAGGUCCAGACUGGUUAAUGAAUAGUUCACACGGUGGAGAGCUGUUUUGGAGCAUACUAUAUAACCCUAUAACUAUUUUUAUGACUCAUUCUGGCAAUUACGGAUUUAAAGAUCGUUUGGCAAUUCAUCUUUUCCGGAAUGUUACCCGUUUUAUUAGAAAAUGGACGAAUAUUAAACUUCGUAGUGAUAAACCAACGGAGUUAGCCAGGCGCUAUUUUGAGUUGUUCCCAAGACAGGCUGAACCAAUAUGGACCGAUCCGUGCACUGAUCUGAGACACCAAAAGAUAUGGAAUGAAACAGCUGUCUACUGCAAACCGAAUGAGGUUUCACGAAUUUCCCGCCUACCAGAUGUAUUGGUGAUUGGUCCACAAAAAUCUGGAUCGACUGCUUUAUAUACGUUUAUGGCGAUGCACCCUGACCUCAUUCGUAGUCGGUCCACAAAACAUGCGUACGAAGAAGUGCAGUUUUUUAAUCGAAAUGAAUACAAAAAAGGCCUAAGAUGGUAUCUGGGCAUGUUUCCAAAUAAAAGUAAAAGAGUGGGCACGUUGUCGUUUGAAAAAUCAGCAAAUUACUUCGAUUCGUUGAAGUCACCCUUGCGUGCGCACUCGCUUGUGCCGAACGCCAAGUUGCUCUUUAUUUCAUUAGAUCCAAAGUUAAGAGCAUAUUCGUGGUACCAGCACAUGCGCAGUAAAAAAGACCCUAUUGCAUUAAACCACACCUUCUACGAAAUAAUCUCUGGUCAUAACAAAACCGAUAACUUUCGAUUCACCGUGCUCCAACAGAGGUGUUUGUAUCCUGGACUGUAUGCUGAAGCUUUGGAAAGGUGGUUGCAGUACUACAAACCAUCUCAAAUACACAUAGUAGAUGGAUAUAAACUUCGUCACCAACCUCAUUUAGAAAUGAAAAAUUUAAUUCAGUUUCUAAAUAUUCGUUCAUUUCCCUUCCAUGUCAGAAUAAAGUACAACAAAAACAAAGGAUUUUAUUGCGCUACAAACAACAAUGGUAGCUUCCGUUGCCUUGGCAGCAGCAAAGGUCGAAAGUAUGAAAUAAUGACAGACCAAGCUGAGCAGUACUUGACAGAUUACUACCGUGUACCUAACUUGAGGUUUGUUGACAUGCUGACAAAGCUGAAGAAACCAUUUCCAAAAUGGCUGCAAAAAGUGUUGAAAGAAAAUGACGCCUCGUGAAUGAGCAACCUUUUUUGGAGAUACGAAGGACCACGACAUUUGGUGAGGAUGAUCAAAGUACAGAAAUAAAACCGCUUGACCAAUCAAACUAAAUCACUGUGCAUGGGAACCAAUCACAUGGAUGGACGCUAUAGUGCGUUUCAAAUUCCCAUUGUUUUUAAGCAAGUAUACGAGACAACAUUGUAUUCAAAAUGCGAAGUUAAAAUCUGCUACUCGUCUUUAACUUAUAAGAAUUUAAAAAUUAUAUUAAAUAGUUUUUCGACGAAAUGAAACUAAAGGACAAUUCCAUCGCGGGAGAACUAUUACGUGCGUGUACAAAUUUUUUGCGCAUGUGCAGUCUGCACAACCUGAAAUUUAAUUCCAUUCCAUACUUUAUUCCAACAGUUACAACAGUUGCUUUUUUAUGUAUGUUUUUUCGGUUUUUAUUUGUUGAAGUAGAUCGAUGCGUUAACAUUUUUUUAGUAGGGAGAGAGGGAUAAGGGUUUUUUUUAAUGUCAAAAAUGCUCAAAAUGUAUUUAUACCUUUAGAAAAUUUAUUUUACUACUCUCUUUUAUAUGUAUAUUGACGUUAGUAUUAAAUUUUAUAACGCCAAUGUAAACUUAGCCUAAUGUUAGUUUAUUAUGGUACAUGAACAAAGUUUUGCCAAUAAACUGGUGUUAGGCUUGGUUUACAUUGAGAAAAAUUGAGUUAAUUUGAAUUGGUAAUUAUAGCAGUGUAAUGUUUCUGUCCAGUUCGAUCGUUGUCGUAGACAAUUUUAUCAUAUUUAUAAUUUUUAUAUUCAUGAUUUUUUAUACUUAUUGGUUUAUAUUUAAUGGAAGGUGGGGGAAGUGUCCAGACCUACUCAAGAAGAUCUAGAUGUGAAUCUUUCACAAAAUAAUAAAACCUGUAAUUAUAUCGCUAACAUCUGUUCUUAAUGUUCCUGGUGGAAAUAGACCUUUAGUUAUGUUUUUAGGGUGACAGGGUUAGGAGAUAUAAUUUUACUGUUUGAAAAUGCCUACUUCACUGUCUAAAUAUCCCUACAUCACAUCCGAAAAUCCCUACUUCAGUGUCCGAAAAUCCCUCUUUUAGUGUUUUAGUCCUUACUUCAUUGUGAAACUGGUCAUGAAAUUCGUUUAUUGUUUACAUUAUUGGGGAAAACUUUUGUAUAUUUAUGGUUGCGUUUUUAAGUUGUAUGUUAUUUAUAUUAUAUUAGCUACAUAUCCAAUCCGGAUAAUAAUCA